AUGGGUGCGGCAUCGUCGAAGGUCGCCCGCCGGCUACCGCGAGAGAAGCCGACGUGGGCGGGAGCCCGGAAAGAUAUACCACCGACGGUGGGAAAUCCCCAGCAGGUCGAGAACCCGGAACGGUUCAGUUACGGCGUGAGUGAGAGCAAGGAUGCGGCGAUACGGGAGGACGCUCAGGAUCCUCAUUUUGCGGCGAAGCUGUCGCAGCUCGGACAAGUGCGUGUGGACCACCACAUGAAAGACGUCAACGUCUCCGCUGCAAGGACAUCUCGCAUGCUUCAGUCGCGUCUGCAAUCUGAAGAGGAAGCCGACAAUAUCCGGUCUUCCUCCGCACGGAAGAACCGCAUCCUCGCCUCGGACCUUCUCGAGCUCCUUCGUCAACGACAAGACAGCGCUUCCGACCGUGACACCGAGGCGGUCGAAGAGCGAGCGAAGAGGCAUGGCUUGGACGCAGAGACCUUCAGAAGUGUAGCACGAUACGUUGCUGCCCCGGGCAUCGAAGAGGGAAGCGUCGUGAAGACCAUAUUGGACGACGGAACAGAGCGGGUGACGUAUAAAGUAAGUCGUUGCGAUCCCUGA